CGGGAUAGAGAGAAAGAGGUAUUUUGGACUUCAAUUUCCAGAAACCUCAGCUGUCUGGGCCAAUGAUCAGGGAUUCUGGGAGCUGAAGUCCCAAAAUAUGGACGACCAACGUUUGUGGCUGCAUCUACACUGUAGGAUUAAUGCAGUUUGACCCCACUUUAACUGCUAUGGCUCAGUGGUAUGGAGUCGUAGGAGUUGUAGUUUAGUCUUUGUGCUGGUUUGUUAGUUUUGUUCUUUUUUGCACAUGUGCGUGUCUUUGUUUGCUUUAUUUUUGUGUUUAUGUAUGUUUGUUACUUGUAGCAGGUAUUUAAGAGUAGGGUAAUAUUAGUAGGAGGGGUCCCCAAUGGCACAGCGGGUUAAACCGCUGAGCUGCUGAACUUGUUGACCGAAAGGUUGGAGGUUUGAAUCCGAGGAGCGGGGUGAGCUCCUGUCGUUAGCCCUAGCUCCUGCCAACCUAGCAGUUCGAAAACAUGCAAAUGUGAGUAGAUCAAUAGGUACCGCUCCGGCGAAAAGGUAACGGCGCUCCAAGCAGCCACGCCGGCCACAUGACCUUGGAGGUGUCUAUGGAAAACGCCGACUCUUCAGCUUAGAAAUGGAGAGGAACAUUAACUCCCAGAGUCGGACAUGACUAGACUUAAUGCCAGGCGAAAAUCUUUACCUUUACCUAGUAUUAGUAGUUGUUAGAAGUUAGAUAAGCAGUUCAUUGCCUAGCUCCGCAGUUAGUAACACAGCACUGCACUUUCAUCCCAUGCCCUUGUUCCUUAGCUACAACUUGCACUAUCUUUCGCUCAUCUCUACUAAUCCUUUCUCAGUUUUGCAUCUCUGCCCUUCCUUCCCAACACUGACUUGCUCUAUGCUCUGGAGAUGGCAUCGGAAGAGGAAGAGAGAGGCCAGGCGCACAGCAAAUGGGACUGGGGCACCCGGGAGCGCUUAGAAGAGGUUUACCUCAGGGGCCAAAGCCGAGAAGAACGGAGCGAGUUCUGGGCCUUCUUUGAGCGGCUGGAGCGCUACCGCAGCCUCAAGGCCACCCAACGUCCAGCAGAGAAAGGCCACCGGGCACCCAAGUCCGAACUCAGCCCCGUGGCAGGGCUGCCGCAGGAAUACGACUCCCGUUACCGCACCAACCUCUGGCUGCCCAUAAAAGAGGUGUCCGGCUUGGACCCAGAUCAGGUGCGGGCCUUCCGCUUGGCAUUGCUCCAUUUCCUGGACUUCCGGCAGAAACAAGGCUUCGCCUGCUUGGCCCGGUUGCAGCGGGAGCGGGCCGCUUUACCCAUUGCCCGUUACAAGGACCGGUUGCUGAAGGCUGUGGCCACUAACCAAGUGGUGGUGGUGGCUGGGGACACCGGCUGCGGCAAAUCCACCCAAGUGCCGCAGUACCUUCUGGAUGCCGGCUAUGCCCACGUGGCUUGCACUCAGCCCCGGCGCAUUGCCUGCAUUGCCCUGGCCAAGCGAGUGGCCUAUGAGAGCCUGCAGCAAUAUGGAGACCAGGUUGGCUACCAGAUCCGCUUUGAGAGCACAUGCUCAUCCGCCACACGGAUCGUCUUCCUGACAGAAGGCCUGCUCUUGCGCCAGGCCCAGCGAGAGCCCACUUUGCCCGGCUACCGUGUGCUGAUUGCCGAUGAGGUCCACGAGCGCCACCUCCAUUGCGACUUCCUCCUGGGUGUCCUCCGCCGCCUGUUGCCCGUCCGCCCUGACCUCAAGUUGGUGCUCAUGUCGGCCACUAUUAACAUCCGGCUCUUUGCCGACUACUUUGGUGGCGCUCCAGUGGUACAGGUCCCAGGACGCCUCUUCCCCAUCACGGUCUUAUACGAGCCCAUCCGUCCAGAGGAGAGUGCCAGUGGGCGGAAAGAGCGGCUGGACCCUCGGCCUUACCUGCGUGUCCUCCAGGCCAUCGAUCACAAGUACCCUCCCGAAGAAAGAGGGGAUUUGCUCAUCUUCCUUAGCGGCGUGGCUGAGAUCGGGGCCGUGAUGGAGGCUGCGCAGACUUAUGCCACCCACACCCAGCGUUGGGUGGUCCUUCCUCUUCACAGCACCCUUUCUGUGGCUGAGCAAGACAAGGUGUUUGACUUGCCUCCCCCAGGAGUCCGUAAGUGCAUCGUCUCCACCAACAUUGCUGAGACAUCUGUGACUAUCGAUGGUGUCCGGUUUGUUGUAGACUCAGGGAAGGUGAAGGAGCUCAGCUAUGACCCCAAAGCCAAGCUGCAGCGGUUGCAGGAGUUCUGGAUCAGCUGUGCCAGUGCAGAGCAGCGCAAGGGCCGUGCGGGUCGGACGGGGCCUGGGGUCUGUUACCGGCUCUAUGCCGAGUCUGAUUAUGAUGCCUUCGCCCCUUACCCUGUGCCAGAGAUCCAGCGGGUGGCACUUGAUGCCUUGGUUCUUCAGAUGAAGAGCAUGGGUCUGGGUGACCCCCGGGCUUUCCCUUUCCUGGAGCCGCCCCCACCAGCCAGCCUGAAGACAGCUGUAGGCUACCUGAAGCACCAAGGUGCCCUGGAUGCAGAGGAGAGCCUCACUCCCAUCGGGAGCCUCCUGGCUGAGCUGCCAGUUGACGUUGUGAUUGGGAAGAUGUUGGUGCUGGGGACCCUCUUUGGCUUGGCGGCACCCACCCUGACAGCUGCUGCGGUGCUCAGUGUGCCCUCCCCUUUCCUGCGUAGCAGCAGUGGACGGAGUGACCCCGACUGUGCCACCGCCCGGCGUCCUCUGGAGAGCCCCUUGGGAGACCCCUUGACCCUGCUCAAUGUCUUCGAUGCCUGGGUGCAGGAGAAAUCGGACAAUCGUGGUGGAUCCCGUCGCUGGUGCCGUCGUCGGGGCCUGGAGGAACACCGCCUAUACGAAGCAGCAAAUCUUCGGCGCCAGUUCCAAGAACUGCUUCGGGACCAUCGGUUGCUGGAACCAGCCAGCCGGCCCAGAGAUUCCUACACACGGCAGAGCCGCCACCGCCACCGCCGAGAGCUGCACAAGAUCAAGCGGGAACAUGAACAGGGAGAAGGACGCCGGCGCAAAGUGCUGCGGCUUCAGGAGGAGGAGGGCGGCUCUUCUUCAGGAGAUGAAGGCGAUGCCAAACGUGGGCCAGACAUCCAGGAUGUGAAGUUCCAGCUGCGGCACAAUGUGGAUGAGCUGCGGUCGGCAGCUUCCCUUGGCCAAGCCCUUUCAUCCGGGCAGCUCUCUCUCUUGCAGUUGGUGUUGGGCCGUGGUCUCUACCCACAGCUGGCGGUCCCCGACCCUUACAACAAAACCCGCAAGGAUUCAGACCAGAUCUUCCACACCAAAGAGAAGGUGGGGGUUGUUCUUCAUCCCACCAGUGUCUUUGCCAGUUCUCCUGAGUUGCUCCAGGCCUCUCAGGAAAGGGGCUUUGAGCACCAAGCUCAUAGAGAUGCUGCAAAGGAGGGACUCAGCAGCCGCCACCAGAUCCUGGCCUUUGUCUCGCUGUUGGAAACCAACAAGCCCUACUUGGUAAACUGCCUCCGGCUACCAGCGUUGCAGGCCCUGCUGCUCUUGGCCCGCUCCCUUGACACCAGUGCCGAUUGUAAUCGCAUAGUGGCUGAUUCGUGGCUGGAGCUGCGGAUCCCUGCAGCAGAAAUGGCCCUGCGGCUGCUCAGAGGAACCCUUCGGCUCCGCGCCUCCUGGGAGAAAAUCCUGGACCGGCAGCUGGAGAGUAGGGCAGGUCAAGGCAAAGAUGAAGAGGAAGCUGAGGAGAGGAGGCCUAGCGCUCGAGAGGUGCACCGGCUCACGCAGGAGCUGCUGGAGUUCCUGAAGACAGAGGUGCAAUACAGCCUUCGGCGCUUGACUCCCCUGGAACAGCAGAACCUCUAUGUGGGGCCUCAGAUGGUGGCUGCAGGCAGAGAAGGUCUGUCUCAGCUCUUCCAAGGGGCAGAGAUGAUCCCGGACGAGGUGAAGGGGGGCUACAGGGUCGGCGACUUCCUCACCUUCAAUUGCCUGGCGGGCGAGGGGGACCUCUACAGUGAAUGCCUACGCAGUUUCUGGACAUGUUCACGUUGUGGCCUCUACAUGCCCUUUACUCCUCUGGAGCGGGUGGCCCAUGAAGACACUUGCCAAGUUCCAGGCCCAGAAACCGAGACCAGCCCUGGAGACCCUACAGAAGAUGCGGCAGUGGCACCUACUCCUGGCGCUUCCUCCGCCUUGCAGCAAUCGUACCACUGUGCCGUCUGCCAGCAGAACCUACUUCUCACGCCCACAGAGAUCCUGCGGCACCGGAAGCAGCACCAGACGGCACCCUCCUGAGAGCGACAAAGGGAGAGAGACACUGCUAUGGAAACCCGGGUGCAGGGUGCUUUUUUCAAACCAUCUGGAAGUCACUCCCUGUCUCUUCCCUUUCUCCCAGUACUGGUUGGGGCUGAGACCAAUCUGGAUUGUUUUGGGAAUAGGGCAUUGCGAAAAUGUGUCAGUGUUAUGUGUGCAUAGGAAUGAAUGUCUGAAAUUGCCUGCUGUUAUCAUUCUGGCAGGUCCUUUGAUGGGAUGCCUCCUGCUGGGGCAAAAUAUUUAGCUCAGACCUCUUCAAUCUGUGGCCCUCCAGAUGCUUGAGCCUCAUAACUCCCAGAAUUCCUGAUCAUUCAACAAGCUGGGGGUUGGCUUGAUUUAGGUGUUUUGAGUCCUCCUGGCUCUCCCACCACCAUUCGUGUUGGACCAGUGCCUUGCAGGAGCUCCUUCCUUCAGCUGGGGUUUGUGCCUCUGUUUCUGGCAGUGGCAUCUUCUUCUCUCCUGCUGCACUGUCUGAUUUUGGACACUGGGUGGCAGGCUUGCCCACAUAUGGGCUUGGAGACAGCUCCCUGUACUGUCUGCAGAUUUCUAGUCUCUAUGUUUUGGAUGGGAAUGAAUUCGGGAUGUGGAAUCUCUAUUUUUUUGACCUGCAAGAGCAAAAAAUGUGCUUGAUUGUAGUGGAGUUUAUUCUUGGAUCCUUCAAUUUGAUAUGUCCCCAAGUGUAACUCUAUGGCAGCUUCUGGGGGAAACGUGCCAUAGGGUGCCUGAAGAACGUAACAAAUUCCUACAGAUGCUAUUUUCUUCUCCUCGGUGGCUAAGGAAAACCAUGGAUAUGGAUUCUGGGAGGGUUACUGUACUUUAAAACAGUGUUAUUCAAUGUCAGUGGUCAGUGUACUGAUCCUGGUGCUUAACCCAUUGGAAAGAAAGAAACAGCUGUAGUCAAACAGCACACAUUUAGUGCUGGGACACUGGAAAAUAAUGGUGAGCGGUCUUUCAUGUCAGCCAGCCUGAGAAAUACUGCUUUAAAAGAAAUUGCACCAAUUUA